ACAUUGGCCAUGAAUCUUUUGCAAAAUCAAAUGAUAACUUGACAGUUUUCCAAUCCAAUUUUGUACAGGUUGAAACUUGUGAUGUAGAUUUGGGAAAUCAUGCAAGUAUUUCAUUUGAAGAUGUUGAUGAUCAUUUUGAUGAUUAUGAUGGUGAUACAUGUGAUCAGGUUGAUUGCUUACUUUAUGAUGACCACAUUAAUUGUGGCGAAUCCGAGCCUGACCAAAUACAAAUGGAUCACAAACAGAAUGACAUUAGAAAAGAAGAUCAAAAAGAAGCAAAAAUUAUUUCAAAUUUCACGCGUGAAACAUGCCAGUGUAGUGUCUUUAAUGGAAGUAAACCAUGUUCAACAAUAGUUGGUGUUGAUAAUCUGCUAGAAAAUAGGACCCAAUGCCAGGAACUGUCUUCAAGAGAAAAAGAACUUGUAGUUAAAUCCCAACUUUGUACCCAAAGAAAAAAUAGUACUUUUACAUCUGAAAACAAAAAAUCUAAAAAGUUGCGAACGAGACCGUCUCAGAAAUAUUUUUUCCAUGGUCAGCAAAUUUGUAAGAAAACUUUCUGUUUUGCAUUUGCAAUUUCUCAGUCAACGUUGAAAAGAAUGAGUAAGUCUUAUGACAUGUAUGGCCUGAGUGUCAAUGAACAUGGUAAUUGCAAAACAACACCUGCCCAUGCACUUUCAUUCGACGAUACUACAAGAAUAAAAAAAUUCAUUGAAGAAUAUGCAAAUAAAAAUGCAUUACCUUUGCCCGGACGACUGCCUAAUUGUCCAAAGCAGACAGUUUUGCUUCUUCCAUGUGACAAAAAUGUAACUGACAUUUAUGACUUAUACAUGAAGAGUGCAAAGGAAGCAAACUAUAGAGUUGUGUCUUUAAAAACAUUUAGAAACAAAUGGAAUUCAUUAUGCCCCCACAUUGCAGUAGCUACACCAGCGACAGAUUUGUGUGUAAAAUGUCAAAAAUUCAUGGGCAAAUUAAAAACCAAUGCUCAUCUGUCAGAUGAAGAAAGGCACAACGUACUAAGUGACUAUACAUGUCAUGUUCAAAAGGCCAACCGGCAACGCCAACUUUUCAAGGACCAGGUUCUUUGUAGUAAAGCUGUGUGCAGUACUACAGAUGUCACUGAAGGUGCAGAACCAUGUUCACUAGAUGCCACACUUCACUACUCAUGGGAUUUUGCCCAGUGUGUACACUACCCUCAUCACGCCAUGCAAGUGGGGCCAAUCUACUUUGCGACACCAAGAACGUGCCAUGUGUUUGGGAUGUGCGCUGAAGGAACAGGAAUACAGAGAUUCUAUAUGAUUGACGAGUCAGAAAUGCCUGGGAAAGGUGGCGAUUGUGUCACAAGUUUGGUGCACCACUAUUUUUCUCACUUUGGCGCUUGAGAAAAACACGCAGAGAUUCACUUUGACAAUGCUGUUGGGCAGAAUAAAAACAACACCAUUCUGGGCUAUUGCAUGUGGAGAGUGUUGACAGGUCUGCAUGAGUCUGUUUCCUUGAGUAUGAUGCUACCGGGACAUACCAAAUUCACGCCAGAUUGGCACUUUGGUGUGUGGAAAAUAAAAUGGCGCCUAUCAGAUGCUGAAUGUAUGGAGGACAUUGCUUACACAAUUAAAGCAUCUUCUAGGUCCGGGCAUAACAUUCCGCAACGCGUAAAUGAUCCA